CAGUUUCACACAGCAGUUGCGAGUAGCCGUAGGCGAGCGAGACCGCUUCCGGCGGCCGAAUUCGAGAGCGGUUCCGGCGGCGUGGGCGGCGGCUGUGCCCGAGAUUGGAGAGCCGCGUGGCGUGGUGGGCGGCUGGCAGCUGGCAACUGGCGGCGUGCGCGAUGUGGACAGCGGCAGGCGGGAGGGGUUCGUCCGCGGCCGCUGCUGUGCUGCGGGUGCUGCUGAUCGCGACCGCCUGCGGCCUCGUCUUCGCGCUCCUCCACCUCCCGCUCCCCGAUGGCGGCGCCCGCCCCGCCGGCCCCGGUGAGGAGCGCCGCGGCGUUGGUGGGGGCGGUGGGGCCCGCCUGUCGGCGCAGCAGGGGAGGAUUCGAGAGGCCAGGAGGCUGAGUGUCGUCACCGAAGAGAUAGAAGGGCAAACUGAUGAAGUUGCAGCGGAAGAAGACGAAAGGAUAUCUAAAUCUCCCCCGGACACUAAAGAAAAGAUAUGGAUGAUGCAAGAUCAGCUAAUCAUGGCCAAGGCAUACCUGCAUUUCGCUUCUCCCCAAGGUAGUGUACAUUUUGUUCGAGAGCUGAGAUUGAGGAUAAAAGAGAUCGAAAGGGCAAUAAGCCACUCAAGUGGAGGUACCCGUGUACCUGGGAGUGUGUUGCAAAAAAUGAAGGCGAUGGAGCUGACCCUUUCCAAGGCUCAGAGGAUCUACCCACGUUGCUGUCAGAUGACAGCAAAGCUACGUGCAAUGGUGCAUAACAGUGAAGAAUUGGUCAGAGCACACCAAAGUGAAUCUUCAUUCCUCGAGCAGGUUGCUGUGAGGACAUUAUCCAAAGGCCAUCACUGCCUAGCAAUGCAACUUACUGCAGAAUACUUUUCAUUAGAUCCCAGUAAACGUGAAUUCCCUAAAAGAGAGAGCAUUCAGUUGGAUGGUUAUUAUCAUUAUGCAAUAUUCUCAGACAAUGUGCUUGCAAGUGCUGUGGUUGUCAACUCUACAAUUGCUGCAUCAAAGGACCCUGGAAGGAUAAUAUUACAUAUUGUAACUGACGCAUUGAAUUAUCCUGCAAUGAUGAUGUGGUUUCUAAGAAACCCACCAACUCCAGCAGCAAUCCAAGUCAAAAGCCUAGAUGAUUUGAAAUGGUUGCCUGGUGAUUUCAGUUCCAGAUUCAAGCUGAAGGGUGUCCGAGAUCCAAGAUACACUUCUGCACUUAACCACUUGCGUUUUUAUUUGCCAGAAGUGUUUCCCUCUUUGGGCAAGGUUGUACUCUUGGACCAUGAUGUGGUAGUCCAGAAUGACUUAACUGGACUAUGGGAUCUGGAUAUGAAGGGUAAAGUAAUUGGUGCUGUUGAGACAUGCACUUCAAGUGAAGGUUACCAUCGAUUGGAUAGCCUGGUUGACUUUUCUAAUCCAAGCAUCUUUGACAAAGUUGACCCAAAGGCCUGUGCAUUUGCAUUUGGGAUGAACAUAUUUGACCUGAAUGAAUGGCGCAAACAGGAUUUGACUACAACUUAUCAUAAAUGGUUUCAACUGGGCAAAAUUCAGAAGUUAUGGAAGCCAGGAAGCUUGCCACUGGGUCAGCUUACCUUUUACAACAGAACACUGCCUCUGGAUCACCGAUGGCAUGUCUUUGGGCUUGGCCAUGAUUUCAGCAUUGGAAGAAAUGAACUUGAGAGUGCCUCUGUCAUCCACUACAGUGGGAAACUCAAACCCUGGCUGGAGAUUUCUAUCCCAAAGUACAGAGACUACUGGAACAGGUACCUCAACUAUGAUAAUCCACACUUGCAGCAGUGCAACAUUCACGGAUAGAGGGCGAUGGGAGUGAGGUGAUUUGCAAGGUAGAACUUGAUACACAACUUCACCGUAGAACUUAUUAGUUGAGCAGGUUGAUGUCUUUUUUUUUUGUUUCUGUUGCUAGACACCCUAUUAUGUACUUAGGGCUAUGAAUUUUUUUUGCUAGUAGUCACAGUCAGUACAAAAACAAAAGGAACAACAACAUCAAAUAGAAGAGCUACAAUUUCACUAGUGACACUAAAGUUUUGACAAAAGUAAAACCACUAGCUUACAUAAUCAAUAAAAGAUUAUUUGUGCCCAAGUUUUUUUAAGCACAGUGAACACACACCCAAAAUCUCAUAUUAGUGAAGUUACAAUAUACGCUUCAUUGUCAAUGAGCACGUCGUCUACCACUCUUCUGAAAGAAUAAUUUGUGUCGCCUCGUACCUGGGAAAGAAGAGUGCAGAUUCCACGGCUCUCAGUUUGCAUUGGACAAGAUAGAUGUAUAUUUUCGCAAACAAUAUUGUAUUCUCUUACAAAGAAGGGAUUACUAUUGUCAUUUAGAAAAGUCUGCCAUAGUGCUGGCAUUGCCAUGUCUUGUUUUAUUUCCCUUUCUGUCAGAUAUUUGUAAUUUAAACUAUGGGUCUCCACUGUGGACAUCUCAACAGAGUGAUGACUCUAAAAACGUGUAGUUAUAGUUACAUCUUCUAUAA